AUGCCUAGUAGUGAUGGUAAAUUCAAAGUUAGCUCAGCCUGGGAAUUAUGCAGAAGUAGAGGAGAGUAUAUAGAAGAUAUCUCCAAAAUUUGGGAGAAAGGUUUGCCUUUUAAGGUAUCCUUUUUUAUGUGGAGAUUAUGGUUUAGAAGGAUUCCUAUUGGGGAGGUCUUAAUUAGAAGGAACAUAGUGGAGAGGGUUGAUUGUAGCUACUGUAAUAAUAGUGCUCUUGGAACUUUCUCUCAUCUUUUUGUCAAUUGUCCUAGUGCUCAAUCUGUUUGGAAAACUUUUAGAAAUGCUGCAGGGUUAUCAUUUCCAAUUAAUCAGCUUCAACAGAUUAUGAAAGAUUGGUGGAAAGCUGAUGGUAGUCCUAAAUUGAAGCAAUUGUUUAAAGUAGUUCCUGUUUUCAUAACUUGGGAAAUUUGGAAGAAGAGGAAUGUAAUGAAGCAUGGUGGAAAUAUGAUAUGCUCCAUUGACAAAAUCUAUGGUGGUGAGAUGGAGUCAUCCCCCAUGGGAGUAUAUAAAUGCAAUACUGAUGCUUCUUAUCAGCUUGAAUCAGGAGUUGGGUGUAUAGCCUUUUGUAUUAGAGAUAUACGAGGAGAUUUGAAAUAUGCAGAAUCUAGAAGAAUUAAUACUACAUCUAUUUUGGAGGCAGAGGUCAUGGCAAUUAAUGAAGGGUUACAAUACUGCAGUCAAGGAAAUUUCCUUCCCUUGAUAAUUGAGACAGACUCACUAGUGGCUCAGAAAGUUAUACAUGGAGUAUGGGAGGUCCCAUGGCAGAUAGCUUGGGAUAUUAGACACAUUCAGACAAUGAUAAGGAGUCAUGGGGUGGAGGUGAUUCACGUCCUCAGAGAAGGGAAUAGCCUCGAUGAUGCUUUAACUAAGUCGUUUGCUCAUUUUACAAUAUCGAAAUAUGCAGGAACUAUCACAACAGGCGAAAGCUAUUUUGCAAUAAGACAAAGAAAAGACUCCUAA